AUGCUUUCCAGAGCAGCACUCGUCCUUCUCGCCCUGACGGGCAUCUCCGCCGCCGGCACAGGCAAAACCCUUCAAAAGGGCCGGCAGAAGAACCUGGCUGUCCCAGCACGUGCGACAUUGGGCUACACCGAGUGCGACGACGACUGGUGCAUACCUCUGACGGGGACGUGCUGCAAGGACGGCAACGGAACGUACUGCGCGCUGGGCAAGUACUGCAUCCCCGGCGGGUGCUGCCAGCUUGGAAACGUAUGCGGCAGCGUAUCGGACGAGUGCGACGUCGGCCAGGAGGAGUGCGGCGGCGCCUGCAUGCCCGCGGGGAGCGUGUGCUGCAACGACGGCGAGCACUACUGCGAUGCUGGACGGACGUGCGUGGCCGACGGCACGUGCCGGAGGGCGUGCGACGUCGGCAAGGAGCCCUGCGGUGACGAGUACUGCAUGCCCGAGGGGAGCGUCUGCUGCGGAGACGGGUACUACUGCGAUGCCGGGCGGACGUGCACGGCCGACGGCAAGUGCCGCAACGGGAGCCGCACCGGCGGCGACGAAGGCGGUGCCACCACCACGUACUCCAUGACCUCGGCCGUCACCAGGACGGCGGCAACUGCCACCACGCCGACCGGGUUCGGCAGCGCCACUGCGACAGAGACAUCCUUCUCAGCUUCUUCUACCGAGGAGGAGGAGCCUGUCGGCACGGCUACGUCUUCGCCCUCGUCUGGCUCUCAGAGGCCCCGCCCUUCCAGCGUCGAUGGGCUUGGUGGUGGCGGCAAUGACGAUCGCAGCGGCAGCGACAGCGGCGCCGACAAUAAUGACGGACCUAGCGGGGAGGCCGGGAGACUGGGAGUAUCGGGUCUGGCUGUGGGCAUUGUUUGUGCCCUGAUUCUUGGCCUGUAA